AGGGCGUCGUGGCUUACGAAAGACUACUCAGAACCCUUUUCGUUCUUCUCGAAGAUUUCGACAGCGACGGUCUUAGGUUUCUAGUUUCCAUGGUACCACCGCCCAAGGGAGUCAACGAAGAAGUUGUCAAGGAAGUAUUCAACAGCGCAACCGGAUUCGUUCGCGUCGAUGCUCCAAUAUUUCAUAAAAACACCUAUUUCCAGUGCAGUAAUGCAGGCACGAGUUCAGCUGCACCAACCCUUGACACUCCUUAUCCCAGGCCUGUGUCUCGGUCCUGCACCGUCCAAAAACUCGACGGUGUAAUUCCUUCGGAGAAACUAUUUUCCGCCGAAAAUAUGAAAAUCCAAAAUCCCGCGGUCCAAAAUGAUCCUAACGUUCCAAAAAACAGACUGAAAACGUCUCCCCAGAUAAUACCUCAAGAAUCUUCGGACGUUUUUCGCGGUUUUCCACCGAGCGAAAUAUUCAGCACCCAAAGUCACGUGCAGAGUAUAAAAAACUUCUACAGACCGUCAGCGAGCUACACUUUUCCCGCUCUUUCAUCCGGACAAGGUUUUGUCAACUUUGCGGGUCAAAUUGUCGCUAAAAAUUCAGGCCAAAUUCAGCAGUCCCUCGGUACGGGGCUGGUGGGCCCUACGUAUAGACCAAAAUGGUUCCAAAACCCAUAUUUGGUACAGAAAAAUAGCUACCCCGUUCCGCAGUAUCAGGACUUCUACUUGAAGACCGUGAACAAUCAGUACGUAAAAGUGCCCGCCGCGAAGGUGAACAAUUUUCCCCAAACGAGCAUAAACACUUCGCAGGCUUCUUAUCAGGCUAUGUACAACAACGCCCAGGACUACUUGAGGAACAGGAGUAAUACCGUGACUAGCGGUUUGCUGGAGAAGGUACAGCGGCAUCGAAGUCUUCAGGAAGAAGCCAUUAAAACUAUGGUUACGAAGUGCGAAUCAUCGAAAAACGGGACAGUUGGUUCGCUGGCCCCUCAAGUUUUCGACGGUGGCGAUAAUCUUCCGAAUGCGGAGUGUCGCUCGGUUGAUGACUCCGGCACUGUCACCUCAAAUCAGGAGGAAAAAAUUGUUCCGAAAAAGACCACUAUUGGUAUUAUUUCGAAGAGCAGAAAUUCAACGGGAAAAAUAAACAGUUCAAAUUAUUCCAAUACGUCACUGGAAGCUACAGAUGGGAGCAAUUACUUGUUAGAUACUGGCAAUGGCAAAGUUUUUGCGGAGGAUUACGCCGGUGCAGAUAAUCCAGCCGCGAAUCAGGACAGCUUUGAACAAUUUGCUAAAGAAGUCAGAAUGAGACAGCGCGCUAUACAAGAAGAUAUAUAUAAAAUGGACGUUGUUCACGGCGAUUUCCUCGCUGAAGAAGGAAUCGGCGAUAAGGAAGACGCCAGCUCGAUCAAAUCGGAUAUUCUGACAGCAAGUGUGGAGCUCAGAAACAGUUGUAAGAAGUUUUUAGACCGAGCAAAAUCGGGUGAAUCUGUUGGUUAAGAUUCUUCAACUCUUACAGAAGUCCCAGUUUUUCCGAGGACCAGAUCACUGAACGACGUCCGCGAGGAACCGUCAGUCCAGUAUCAGUCUGAUU